AUGGGCACUUACUAUACCGCUUUAUUUCGUUAUCAUUCCCCGCGCGUAUAUGGGCAUCAUGGAUGGGAUGGGGACGCUUGGUCGUUCUUGUUUUUUAGAGAUUUGGCACUUGGGAUUUGUUUCUUGGUCUGCAGAGAAUCUGGGGCUGACUUUGUCGCUCUAGUCUCCACCUCUAUCACCCUGUCAUCACCAGACGACCCUCCCGUUGGGGUUAUCCUUGUUGUCCGUUGGGCUCAGGGACCUUCUUACACUACCCUUCAAGACACCGAUUGGGAAGACCUAUACGAACUUGGUGAACACGACAACAAAGAUCUAUUUCACCAUCAGGACAAUUGGACUCCUGAACUUCGGUCCCUAUUCGGUGAUCCUCCCUAUAUUGAAUUCCCCUCUCUUCACUACCAAACCACCGACGUUAUCGAGUAUCUCCCCACCAUGUCGGGAAUCAAGAAACUUAACAACUCCAUUCUGAGUGUCUUCGAUGGCACCAAUUGGAAUACGUGGUCGGACAACUACAUGAGCAUCUGCAUGCAUCAGGGCACUUGGGGAGUGGUUAAACCCACUCAUAUUACGGUUAACGGCACAUCUACCUUGAACCCUGGUUCUAUGGAGCGUCCUGGAACGGCUGGCGACAGCCAAUAUCAAUGGGACGUUGCCAAUGAAAACGCACUGGGUCCUGUGCGGGUUUAUAUCACCCAGAAUCUGCGCAAGGGAAUCUUUAUGGAUGGUCAGCGCGAGCGCACUGUGCGCGAGGUUUUUGCGAAAAUGGCAACGGAUUAUGGCCAACCAAAUGCCAUCGAUGCUUUUGUCAAGUACCGCCUCCUGAACACCACCACCUUCCACGGUGGUGACACCAUUGAAAAACAAAUCAUGGAAAUGGAGACUCGUCGUCGCCAGUGUUCGGAAGGAGGAAUCGAGAUCCCCGACUACCUCUUUGCUACUCUCAUGCUCGCCGCUGAUAGGCUGGCUACCAGACGCGCUCUGCACCAGCUCUUGUCGUCGCCUUCGGGCUUUGUUGAGAUCGUUUCCACACCUCUAGCUUGGCACAGAGGUUUCGUCACCUCUUACCUGGCCAAUCGUCCUAUUGCUUCUCUGAACCCAGUCGAUGUCAAGAACAGCGUCAUAGGGAAUAUCAAGAUUGAGAACCUCGACACGACAUCGAACUCAAAGAUUUCCACCGUUCCAUCCCUCGCCACCCGCUGCACUCAUUGCAACAAGUCCGGUUACGUUGCGGCAUCCUGCUACAAGAAGUAUCCCAACCUCAAGCCAACCGGUCAAUCUUCUGACAAAGGCAAGGGGAAGCAGGAUGAGGGGAAGAAGAAAAAGAAGAAGGAGAAGAAGAGCGGUGAUGGUACUAGCACUGUAAAAGAAGUUGUAGCUGCUCCCGCAGUUGCAGCUGCCUCCAAUGGAAUGCACAUUUUGUCCUAUCUCAUGAGUGACUCCCUCAAACACAUCGAUGAUGGAAUUUUUGUUGAAGAAAUGGGAGACGACUCCAAAGUUCGUUUUCUAUGGGACUCGGGUUGUACGCAUCAUAUGACAAACACCCGAUCUGAUCUUCACAACAUCAGACCUAUCGACACCUAUGUAGUCGUUGGGUCAGGAGCUUGCUUCAAGAAUGAAGCUGUUGGAGAUAUUGUGUUGCGGGGUCAUGCUAGUAGUGGCAUGGACUACACCUUCACGCUGAAGGAUGUCAUCUACAACCCGCACAUAAGAGGGUGCUAUCUUUCUGGUGGAGAAGAGUCGACGAGCGACCAAGACCACCACUCCCUCACCUCCUAUCUUGCCCCCUCCUCCCCUCCACGAGCAGACCCGAUGAGCAUGGAUGACAACGAACAGCAGCGGCUGUCUGCUCUGGAGACCAGCAUACAGAACAUUGAGGCCGUACUCACCCGCCUCAUCUCUCAACAACAACAACCCCCUGCCCCUGCCCCUGCUCCAGCUCCGGCAGCGGGUCCAGGUGUUCCUACUGGUGCCAGCCCUGCGCGCCCCCUUAUUCGCCCGAAUCCCCCCUUCUCCUUCGAUGGGGAUCGCACCCUGGGCAAGAGCUUCUUGCAUUCAGUGAAGCAGUACUGGCGUCUGCUUCCUGAGGCGUUCUUCGUGAAUGGGGCAGUCUCAGAAGAAAAGGUAGUCCGCUUCGCCCUGUCCUACAUGUCCAAGGACUCCGCGGCCUCCUGGUCCGAGCGCAUGUCCGAGCGCACCCCAUUCCCGUUCCCUACUUGGGCUCUCUUUGUCACCGAGUUCAAGCUCCGAUUCGUCGAGGAGAACGAGCAAGACCACGCCCUGGCGCGACUGGAGACCCAUCUGUAUUAUAUGGGCUCCCGUGACGUGUUCAAGUACACGGACAAAUACGACGACCUCCUUGAUCUCGCCGGCUAUACCGACGAUCUGGUCAAGGUGACCAAAUAUAGGACGGGCCUGGAUCCGAAGAUCAACCAGGCUAUCACCACCUCUGGCAACCCUCCCAGGCUUACUGACUACGCCGAGUGGCGUGUCCGUGCGUUCCAGCAGUACAAUGCGGAACAAGCUGCCAAGGCGUCUCGAGGCCACGUCCCUCCCCCCCGAGCGCCUCCUAUCGUCCCUCGUCCUCGUGCCCCGGUGCUCCCUGCUGUAGCACCGGCAAUUGCUGCUUGCCCGGCGCCGGCUCCUGUUGCCCACCCCAUCCCCAUGGAGUUGGAUCGGACCCGGCUCCGCGGUGACGUUUGCCGCACCUGCUUCCGCUGCGGCAGUCCGGGCCAUCUUGCCCCUGGGGAGUGA